GAAAAUCUCAGGGAAGGACUGGCCGCGGCUCGGCCGGGAGGCCCAGGGCGAGGCCAAGGUGGCCGCUGCUUGCUUUAGCGGCUGCUGGAGGCUGGAGCUGCCUGGGCUGCGGCCGCCGCCUCCUCCCGGCAGGCGCAGGCGGGCGGGCGGGCGGAGUGGGGGACUCUCCGGGCGCUGACAUUUGCAGGCUGCCCUCCUGAUUGGUCCCCUCGCCGAGCUGCUCACGGGUUCAUUCAACUGUUAAGCACCUCCCCGUCUCUCUAAAGGACAUUAUAAUGCAAGAAGCCCCCUUUUUAACCACAAACCGAAUUUUCUUUCAUUUAGGUGAUCUAUAUAUAUCUAUAUCGUAUAGCUUAUAGCUUAUAUCUAUUUUAAAUAACUUAAAGCCGCUAAAAUUUGGGGGGGAACAGCUUUCGCCCUGGAGCGGUGCGCGAUGCUGUCUCACGCCGACCUCCUGGACGCCAGGCUAGGUAUGAAAGAUGCCGCCGAGCUUCUGGGCCACCGGGAGGCGGUGAAGUGUAGGCUGGGCGUGGGGGGCUCUGACCCUGGGGGCCAUCCGGGGGACCUGGCGCCCAACUCGGACCCAGUCGAAGGAGCCACUCUGCUGCCGGGCGAGGACAUCACCACAGUGGGCUCUACCCCUGCUUCGCUGGCGGUGAGCGCCAAAGACCCAGACAAGCAGCCGGGGCCCCAGGGCGGCCCCAACCCCAGCCAAGCCGGUCAACAGCAGGGCCAGCAGAAACAGAAGCGCCACCGGACACGCUUCACCCCCGCUCAGCUCAACGAGUUGGAGAGGAGCUUCGCCAAGACUCACUACCCCGACAUCUUCAUGCGUGAGGAGCUGGCGCUGCGUAUUGGGCUGACCGAGUCGCGAGUGCAGGUCUGGUUCCAGAACCGGCGCGCCAAGUGGAAGAAGCGCAAGAAGACCACCAACGUGUUCCGCGCGCCCGGCACGCUGCUGCCCACGCCGGGCUUGCCGCAGUUCCCGUCGGCCGCCGCCGCCGCCGCCGCCGCCAUGGGCGACAGCCUGUGCUCUUUCCACGCCAACGACACCCGCUGGGCGGCGGCCGCCAUGCCCGGCGUGUCCCAGCUGCCGCUGCCGCCCGCGCUCGGUCGCCAGCAGGCCAUGGCUCAGUCGCUGUCGCAGUGCAGCCUGGCUGCGGGGCCGCCGCCCAACUCCAUGGGCUUGUCCAACAGCCUGGCGGGCUCCAACGGCGCGGGGCUGCAGUCGCACCUCUACCAGCCCGCCUUCCCCGGCAUGGUGCCCGCCUCCCUCCCCGGCCCCAGCAACGUCUCCGGCUCGCCCCAGCUCUGCAGCUCCCCGGACAGCAGCGACGUGUGGCGGGGCACGAGCAUCGCGUCCCUGCGCCGCAAGGCGCUCGAGCACACAGUCUCCAUGAGCUUCACCUAAUGCCGCGGCGCGCAGUCCGCUCCGCCCGGGCGUCGCCCCCCUCCCCCGGCACCCCCGGCCGCGCGCGCCGGGCUCCCAGCUCCCCCGCCCGGUGUCCCCGGUCCUCCCCGAGCCCCAGCGAGGCCGCCGCCCAAGUUCCCUCCCCGCUCCCCGCCCGGCUCCCCUAGCCCAGCGCUGCCCGCCGCCCCGGCCUCCCGCUUGCCCGGGUCGUGCUCGCGCCCUCCUCCCGGCCUCUGCCAGGCGGCGUCCCCGGCCACACUUAGGUCACUACUCCCCCACCCCACCCGUCCCCACUACCCCGUCUCGCCCGCGCCUCCCUUCGGGCUCCUUCUCUCCCAGCGCCUCACGCCCCUGCUCCCGCGCCCGGCAGAAAAGCAUCCUUCCCGCCAUUUUACUUACCAGGGAGUCGACUCAGGAUCUGAAAUCAGACACCAAUGGACUGGUUUGUGGGCAGAAACACACACACACACACACACACACACACACACACAC